UUGAAUUGGAAUUCGGUUAUAAAAUUUGUGCUUUUCGCAAAACGUUUGGAAAACCUUCAAUCGAUAUUUGUCCUGUGUCAAGCAAACUUAUAACAUCGAACAACAGUACAGAGUUGAGCGAAAUAAAAAUUCAGUUUGAAAUCGUUACGGUGAAGAGACACAUCUUGUUUUCCCAGAUAGAGUCCGAUUUAUUCCAUUUCUGAUAUAAUGAAUAUCUGGUCCGGCAAGCUUCUGAGUGAGGUUCAGUUCGGUCAUGUAAUCAUUAUCGGCGGGAUGGUUAAAGCAAAUCCUAUAAAAAUAUCGAUAGAUUUCGCUGAAAAUGCCAAUGACACAUACAUGCCGACCGACAACAUCAUGCUGCAUCUGAGUGUACGAUUCCUCGAAAAACAAAUCAUUCGUAGUUCUCACUUUCCGAAUGUUGGCUGGUCGGAUGAACAAAUUUCAAAUAAUCUCAUUGGAAAGGCUCUGAAAAAUCCACUGAAACCAGGAAAACCUUUCAGCAUACGCCUGACCGUCUUACAAGUUAUCUUCCAAAUUCACAUCAAUGACGAACUCUACUGCACGUAUGACCACAAUCGACCUCUUAACGAGAUUAAGUUUGUUCGGGUCAAACAUGAUUUCGAAAAGAUUACACAAUUUGAUCAUCGACUUUUGUUUCCACAAACAUUUCCGGUGCAAUUUGAUUAUCCCGAAUGCAAUUACGUGUUUACGAGCGACGUUCCGGUUCCAAUGGAUAUUGGUACAACGUUUGUGAUCAGCGGCAUCGCUUCAGGGUGUCGGGACGGUGAAUUUGCAAUCGAUUUAUACACAAAUGAGUCAACCCAAAUCAUAAUGAGAUUAAAUGUGAAAUUUGGUGAAAAAGUGGUGGUUCGAACGUCGCAAAGAAUUGAUUGCAAAUUCUACGAAGAAGACGAAGAGAGAUCGGGAAUAUUUCCCUUCAAGCGAGGUCAGCAAUUCAAAAUCGGUAUCGCUGUGACACGCGAAUGUUUUCAAAUAUUCAUCAACGGUGACCAUUACACGUAUUUCAAUCAUCGCUGUCCCAACCAUCAAGUGGCCGUUUUGAAGUGUUGUGUAAUCAACGGCGGAGAAAUGAACGUCUCGGCCAUGAAAUAUUUUGAUGGACCGCAACAUUUGGGAGAAUUGACUUCAAUGUAAAAGAAGCCUGACGAACGCUACACAAUUUAUUCAUUAAUUGCUGGUACAGCACCAAUUAUUUUCAUUUCAAUAAAGAGGAGACAGGUGACGUUCUCAGUA